AUGGAAGACUUAGCACAAGAAGCAUUCAUUCAGCUCCACUACAUUUCAACUGCUGCUGCCAGCAGCAAGUUUGCCAGCGCCACGCAGGUGCUGGGCUACAGCCCCGAGCUGUGCUACAACACGGCGCUCUGCUGCUACGCGGCCAAGCAGUACGGGCCCGCCCUCAAGCACAUCUCCGAUAUCAUAGAGCGCGGCAUCCACCAGCACCCGGAGCUCAGCGUGGGCCUGACCACCGAGGGCAUCGAUGUCCGCAGCGUCGGCAACACGCUGCUCCUGCACCGCACGGCCCUGGUGGAGGCCUUCAACCUGAAGGCAGCCAUCGAGUACCAGCUGCGCAACCUGAAGGUGGCCCAGGAGGCGCUGACGGACAUGCCCCCCAGGGCCGAGGAGGAGCUGGAUCCAGUCACGCUGCACAACCAAGCGCUCAUGAACAUGGACAGCCAGCCCACGGAAGGGUUUGAGAAACUGCAGUUUCUUCUGCUGCAGAACCCCUGCCCACCAGAAACUUUUGGAAACUUGCUGCUUCUCUAUUGUAAGCACCAGUACUACGACCUGGCAGCUGAUGUGCUGGCAGAGAAUUCCCAUCUGACCUACAAACUGCUCACACCUUACUUGUACAACUUCUUGGAUGCCAUCAUUACUUGUCAGACUGCCCCUGAGGAAGCUUUCCACAAGCUAGAUGAUUCAGCAGGGACGCUAACUGAGCAGCUGAGAAAACUUGCGAAGCAGGUACAGGAAGCUAGGCAAAACUGGGAUGAGGAAGCUGUAAAGAAGGCAGUCAGUGAGCAUAGUGAGACUCUUGAUAAAUAUGUGCCUGUCUUGAUGGCCCAGGCAAAGAUCUACUGGGACAUGAAGAACUACGCAAUGGUAGAAAAGAUUUUCCACAAAUCUGUGGAGUUCUGUAAUGAACACGAGGUGUGGAAGCUUAACGUGGCUCACGUGCUCUUCAUGCAGAACAAGUAUAAAGAGGCUAUUAGCUUCUAUGAGCCACUAGUUAAAAAGCACUAUGACAAUAUUCUCAAUGUCAGUGCCAUUGUGUUAGCUAACCUCUGUGUUUCUUACAUCCUGACAAGCCAGAACGAGGACGCGGAGGAACUGAUGAGGAAGAUUGAGAAGGCAGAAGAGCAGCUGUGCUAUGAUAACCUUGAUAAAAACAUCUACCAUCUUUGCAUUGUCAAUCUAGUCAUUGGUACCCUCUACUGUGUGAAGGCAAACUAUGAGUUUGGUAUUUCAAGGGUCAUUAAAAGCCUGGAGCCAUAUAACAAGAAGCUGAGCACGGAUACGUGGUAUUACGCCAAGCGGUGUUUCCUGUACUUGCUGGAGAACAUGUCCAAGCACACCAUCAUGCUGCGGGACAGUGUUAUUCAAGAGUGCCUUCAGUUUCUGAAGCAGUGUGAGCAACAUGGAAGAAACAUCCCAGCUGUCAUUGAGCAACCUCUCGAAGAGAAGAGGAUGCACAGUGGGAAAAAUACAGUUACCUACGAAGCCAGGCUUUUGAGGGCACUGAUGUAUAAGAUCAUUGGGUGGACUGUAUAAGUGACGUUCCUGUACAGUAGAAAUCAUACAUUUGUGUCUGUUCUUUGCUUUUGCUUAUGUGGUAAUGCUCACC